AUGGUGGCCUUGACGGCUGCCACCUGGAUGAAUCUCGGCAAAGGUGGCGGGGGCAAGGUGAACGGGACGUUCUAUUCUGCGACGGCAUGUAUCCUAGAAGCUCUCUCUUUGAAUGAGACCUCAGCCGAACCUUGGAACCUACUUGGCCUUUUGGGAGGUGGGACGGUGAAUGGAAUAAUGUUUUCUGAGAAAGAGUGUUACAUCAGAUCCCUCUUGCUGAAUGAGACGAGCCCAGACGCCUGGAACAACGUCGGGUCGCUGGGCGGCGGAGAAGUGAGGGGCAGGUUCUACACAGAGUUGGAGUGCCUCGAGAAAGCUCUUUCCUUGUCGCGCAAGAGGGAGAAAAAGAAUGCCAUCACCUGGACAAACGUUGGCCUUUUUGGAGGUGGCAAUGUGAAUGGGAAGCUUUACUCCAAGAAGGAGUGCUUCCAGGAAGCACUGUCGAUGGAUAGCACUUGUGCUGCAGCGUGGUUCCUCCUGGGCUAG